AUGCCCAUAAAGAAAGAUACUCCUACUGAAGUUGUUUCUUUCCGAUGCGGAGAGAAAGGUCACAAGAGUAACGCUUGUGGUGGCGAUGUAAAGCGGUGUUUCCGUUGUGGCAGAAAAGGACAUACAAUUGCAGAUUGCAAGCAUGAUGAUAUAGUUUGUUUUAACUGUGGUGAAGAAGGAAUCCAGAUGUUUACUUUAGCUGGUACUCAGACAGCUCAGUCUAGUGGGAAGGUGUUUGCUUUAGCAGGUACUCAGAAAGCGAAUGAGGAUCAUCUGAUAAGAGGUACAUGUUUCAUUAAUAGUACUCCCUUAAUUACUAUUAUAGAUACUAGGGCUACACAUUGUUUUAUUGUUGUUGAUUGUGUUUCGAAAUUGGAUCUUGUUAUGUCAUAUAUGAAUGGAGAAAUGGUUGUCGAAACCCCGGCUAAGGGUUCAGUGACUACUUCUCUAGUAUGCCUGAAGUGUCCUUUGUCGAUGUUUGGUAGAGAUUUUGUAGUGGACCUAGUCUGUUUGUCGUUGAGUGGGAUGGAUGUGAUACUAGGUAUGAACUGGUUGGAGUUUAACCAUGUUCAUAUUAAUUGCUUUAGAAAGACGGUGCGUUUUUCUUCUGCCGAAGAAGAAGGAGAAACUGAGUUCUUGACUACUAAGCAGUUGAAACAGUUAAUUCGCGAUGGAAUCCAGAUGUUUUCUUUGAUGGCGUCCCUGUAUAUUGAGAAUCAAGCGGUGAUUGAUAAGUUGCAAGUGAUGUGUGAAUUUCCAUAA